AUGUGGCAUCUCAAACGUGACAGCUAUAGCUGUCGCAUUGCCACAUCGCUUCUUCCUUUCACCACCACCACCACCAUCCACCCCACUGUCUCAAGCCACACCGCCCGCGACAACAAUGUUGACAACACCGACGACAACCAUGACAACCAUGCUGGCGACAACAACAACAAUGAUGCUGAUGACAACCACAGAUGGGUGGGAACGACGGCGAGCAGAAAGCCCAGGAUUCCGGUCAUUCCUGCAGAUUCCAGUGGAUUCCAGAGGAAUGGGACCGGAAUCCACAGGAAUCCGCAGGAAUGGGACCGGAAUCUGCAGGAAUGGGACUGGAAUAGAAUAUUAGUUCUGAUCAGACCUUGGACAAAGAUUCCUUAG